GUCCGUCUGACGACCGACCAGGCGGCUAUUGCCAACUGAAUCUGCAGAACAGCGGACGCGGCUAAAAUAUACCGAAAAAAAUAAAAUAAGCUUACGAAUUCGAAUGUAAAUUAGUGUUGGACGUUCUGUGCUCACGAACUGUAUCGAGAUAGUAGUUAUAUAAAAAAAUAAAAAUGGCUCAACGCAUUUUCAAAAUUCUCUUAGUCUUUUGUUUUACCAUAAUCUGUCACAACGGAGAGGCUGCUGAGAAUGAUAAUACACCAACAAUACCGGAAUACUUGCUGCCAUGCAAGCGGAGCGAUGCCGAAUUGGAUUCUUGUAUCAAGAGGUCUUUCAACCAUCUCCGGCCAUACCUCGCCAGAGGGCUACCUGACUUGGAAGUACCUCCGGUAGAGCCCCUCUUCAUAGACCGGCUGAUGAUGGAAAACAACGCUGGUCCAGUUCGAGUGAGAGCGACUUUCAGCAACAUCACCGUGAUAGGACCGAGUAAUUAUACCGUGACGAAAAUCAGAUCAGAUUUGAAGAAGUUGCGAAUUGACAUGGGGCUGGUGUUACCCCGUAUAGAAGUCACCGGUCACUACGAGGUAUCUGGGCAGGUGCUUCUGUUCCCUGUGCGAUCCCAGGGCGACUUCUGGGCCUCAUUCAACGACGUGGUUGCUAUCGUCAAGAUUUUCGGCAAGGAAAUCGAGCGAGAGGCCGUGAAAUAUAUGACAGCUGAUCGCAUGCAAGUCGACUUUAAGCUUAAGAGCUCUCGUUUCAAGGUCAGAGAUACAGUCAAUCACGGAAGUGUUAUUGGAGAGGCGAUGAAUCAAUUCCUUAACAACAACGCCGCUGAGAUAAUCGAUGAAAUGAGACCGGCGGCGUCUGCGGCCAUUGCCAAGCACUUCCGCAUCUUUCUUAACGCUGCCUUCGAAAGAAUACCCAUCGACGCGUGGCUCAAGCCUUAAAACUGUGAGGUCAAACUUGACCUGGUACGAAUAUAUGUAUGAGGUACGAACAUUGCUGAUGUUUCUUUAUACAAUUAGUGAUGUACGUAUUGACCAGUGAAAUAAAUGACUGUGAAAAAUUAAAAUAUAAUAAUUGGUUAUGUUAAAUGUUGAUCAGAUUUCAAUAUGCCAUUUUUUAAAGAUUAUUUGAUGAUUUAAAUAAGCUUUACCAAAUCACUGUUUUACGCAUUGUUAAAAUAUCGACAAUACUGAGUGAUCAGUAACAGCACUGCCUGUUUAUUGGUUAAUAUAAUAUCAACUUUUGGAAUGUGACUUAGUUGAACUAUAAAAUUCCUUACGUCAAAAUUUGAAAAGUCAUUCUCAGGAAAAUAAACGAAUGAGAUAUGGCGACCGUGCUUACUUGUACUGGAUAACAGUAAGCUUUAUUAUUUAUUUAGUUAAGUAAGAUACUUAUACUUAAGGUAUUUGUAAAAUUGUAUUAAUAUAAUAUCGAUCUGAUUUAUUAUCAUAAAGGAUAAGAUAUUAUGAAUGUUAUGUGUUCAUAGAAAUAUGUGUCAAUGACAUUAGAAAGGAAUUAAACAAUUUGUAAAAAUUAA